UUGUGAUGCGAUGAUGAGCUGCUCAUUUCCGCAAACACCGCGUCGGAGACGGACCCGCCGCCAUGGCUUUUACGACGAUGACCGCUCCCGAUCAACACGUGUUGUCUCUCUUACCGUACGAGCCCGUAAAGGCGUCUUCGCCUGACGAGUCCCCUGAGCAGGACACGGUCGAACCACUGAAAAAAGCUGCGCCGCCGCUCGUGAUGGCCACCAUGAACGUCGUCCUCAUCACGCCGGAGCUGUCAACGGCGCCUCCGAAACCAAUGCCAGCCCUCAAUGCGCUCGUUCCGUCGGCUGAUAUCAACUCCCAGCCGCGAGAAUGUGCCAUUUGCUUUGAAAAGUCGCAGGCGAAGAACUUGUGCGGCAGCACCACGUGCGGGUCCUUCUUCUGCAAUGGCUGCGUACAAAUGUACCUUCAAAUUAAGAUCCAAGACGGACAAGUGCGUCGAAUUCGGUGCCCUGGUCUUGGCUGCACUGCUAUACUGUCCUCCCACCACAUUCACGGACACGUCACUACGGACCACUUUCAGCGAUAUCUUGAAUUGAAGGAGAAGGUCCGCUCCGGUCGCGUCUGCCCUCCUUGUGGACAGCCUGUGACCUCCACAGGUCGCAAGAUUCACUGCCAAGCCUGCACCGCGACGACUUGUGGUGACUGCGGGGAGCCUUACCACUUGUUUGGGUGCAAGGAUGUAUCAUACAAGACUUGGCGCCAACAAACUGAACACGACGUCCGAUCGUGUCCCAACUGCCACGUCGACAUUGAAAAGCACGGCGGAUGCACCCACAUGGUGUGCACGCACUGCGAGUUUGAGUUUUGCUGGUUGUGCCGUGUAUCGUGGGACCGCCACACCGAUGCCAUGUGCAAGCCGUUGGCCUUCCUCGAGUCCGAAUCCACAUCCCUCGGUCCGAACGCGCCGAUCCGAGCCGUCACCAAAUCCAUCGUGGUGGUUGCAGCCACAGGUGUAGCUGCCGUCAGUGUCGGCAUUGCCGCGGCCAUCGCGCCUCCUGUCUUGCUCUACAACGGAGUCAAGUCUCUCUUACACCGCCGAAAGCAGGCCAAGGCCAUCAAGAAGCUCGAGUCGUUGCGCAAGCUGCAAGCAGCUGCGUAGUCGCGGGCUACUCGUUGCCCCUAUUUAUUCUUUGAAUCUAAUUUAUUCGCAUUUUUCAAAUAAACGUGCUAGACCGCUACAGGAUGUUUA